AUGACGUCUACGGUGUUCUCGUUCGGGGCAUUCGAUCCUGUUGGCAUCCUAGAAAACCUUGGUUCCAACAAUGAGCUUGAUGAUGUUGUGGGAGGAAGAAGUGGAAGCAAGCAGAGUCAUUAUAGAGAAGAGGACUGGAGAGACUCUUCUUUCACUGGGACUCUCAGCUCCGAUUUUGGACUCUAUCGAGACAACUUGUCGGAGUCAGACUUCGGCUUCUCGAAAUACCAACUGCAGAACCAGGAGGAGAAUCCGCUUCCCGCUCAUGAUCUGCUCGAUGACUUGAACUUUGAAGUCGACUGUCCCCCACUCCAAACGUGCUUGAAGGAGAUUGCGAAUCUUGGGUCGAAGCAGAUUGGAAUCCAGGACAGUCAAGACGAGAAAGAAAAGGGACAUCCCUUUUUGCUGGCAUCCCUCGAGCUUCUCAAGAACUACGGGCACAGGUUGAAGAAGCUUGACGGGGACAAGAUCGUCGAGCUGAGCAGCAAUACCAGUUUGAGCAGACUCUCAGAGCAGAAUUUGUCGACCGAAGAGAUUAUCAGGUUGGCUGGAGUUAACUUCAUCCAGACCACCUCCUCAGUGGGCGAUCCGCUCGCGGCUUUCAGCCACCCAUACAGGUUAUCUUUCUCUGAUCUCUCCGAUCAGGAGAUGAAGGACGCACAACUAGUUCUAUUGCUUCUGUUCGCAGCGGAGAAAGUGUACCAUCAGGAGUUCCAUCGGGCGAGCAAGUUGCUGAACCAGUGUGACUACUUGUGCUCGAACAAGGGCAAUCAGAUCCAAAGGCUAGUUUUCUACUUUGCCGAGGCGCUGCACGAAAGGAUCGACCGAGGUAGUGGGAGAAUCCCGGUAAACACCUGUGGAAAGGGACAGAAACCUGAUCCCCAAGCACAAACGAUGAACCCGAUGCAGAGCAGGAUCGCGUACCAUCAAGAGCUCCCGUUCGUGCAGGUGGCGCAAUUCGCAGGAGUGCAGGCGAUUGUGGAAAAUGUGGCUGAUGCAAAGAAGGUUCACGUGAUCGAUCUCGACAUAGCCUUCGGGCUCCAGUGGACGAUCCUAAUGCAAGCGCUCGCAUCAUGUUAUGAUCGCCAGAUUGAGCUUCUGAAGAUAACUGCUGUAGGAACCUCUUCGAAGCAUCUGAUUGACGAGACCGGUAAAAGGUUAGUAAAUUUUGCUCAGAGCAUGAGCUUGCCCUUCACUUUCAAGUCUGUUGUGGUAGGAGAUGUGCUGGAUCUCAAGGAGGAACUUUUCGAGAUCGAUACCGAGGAAGCCGUGGUCGUCUACUCUCAGUUCUUCUUAUGGACCUUGAUACCGCAACCCAACCGUCUUGAAUCAUUGAUGAAAGUAAUUAGAAAGACCAAUCCACGUGUAAUGGUGGUUGCCGAAGUCGAAGCUAACCACAAUUCACCGAACUUUGGGAAUCGUUUUAUCGAAUCACUCUUCUUCCACGCUGCGUGCUUUGACUGCUUCGAAGCUUCCAUGAGUCGGGAAGAUUCCAAUAGGAUGGCCAUCGAAUCGAUUUUCUUUGGCCAAGGGGUUAAGAACAUUCUAGCCACCGAAGGUGAGGAACGGAUGGUCCGAACAGUGAAGAUUGAUGUUUGGAGGGCCUUUUUUGCCCGUUUCAGCAUGAUUGAGGCGGAAUUGAGCAGUUCAUCUCUGUACCAAGCGAACUUGGUCAUGAAAAAGUUCGGCUGCGGGAGGUUUUGCACGCUCGAUAUGAACGACAAAUGUCUUCUCGUUGGGUGGAAGGGCACGCCGGUGCUGUCUCUUUCCGUCUUGAAGUUCAUCUGA